AUGGUGAAGCCAAUUACCGGCAUGCUUCGACGAGGCCUCGUGCUCGAUCUCUCAGUCGCCUUCGGUCUUGGAACAGCCUUCGGUUAUGGCUGGUGGUAUGGCUUCCACAUGCCAGCCGUGCGCAAGCGCGAUCUGUUUUACGCGAAGUUGGAGGAUCAGAGAGCGGAGGCUGCGUAA